AUGUUAUGGAGAUGGAAAUUGCCUCAGAGAACUUCGCAUCAAACCAUCAAAUCACUUUCUUUCUCAUCACUUCGCAAUCUUUCUUCACCAACUGAAUUUGUGGUUGAUAAGCCACGUAAGUCUUUUGCAACAAAAUGUAGUCAACAAUUUCCAGUGAGUUCUAAAAUCAUCCUCUCCUCCCAGAUUGUGCAAUCAACUAUGCUCAACUGCCCUUCCGAUUUAGUUGCUCUGUGCUUUUUCUUGUGGUGUGCUCGCCAACCGAAUUACUUUCAUGCACGGGGCACAUUUGAUCACAUGGUCAAUGUAGUUGCUCGCCUCACCCAACGGUUCAUAACUGUGGAAGAAAUAGUUAAGCAAUUAAGGAGUCUUGGAUGUUCAACGAAGCCACAGACACUAUUGCUAUUGUUGAGAAUAUAUUGGCGGGGAGGAAUGUAUGGCAUGGUUUUCGAGGCAUUUGAAAAUAUGUUUCGUUAUGGUUACACACCGAACACUUAUGCUCGGAACAUUGUUUUGGAUGUGUUAUUCAAGAUUGGGCGUGUUGAUGUGGCCAUGAGCGUAUUGAAGGACACCCAGGUCCCAAAUUUCUUAAGUUUCAGUAUAGCAAUAUGUAAUUUGUGCAAACUCAAUGAUGUAGUAAAUGUUAAAUCUGUGCUCAGGAACAUGUUGAGUCACGGGUAUUAUCUUAAUCCUGAAAACUAUUAUAUGGUUUUGAGGAGUUGUUGCAAACUGGGUAGGCUGGCGGAAGCUUUACAGGUUUUGGGUCUGAUGGUGACUUUGGGUAUUCCCACCUCUGGGAAGGUUUGGAGUGUAUUGAUUGAUGGGUUUUGUAAAUCUGGCAGACUUGAUAUGGCAGGCUAUUUAUUGGAGAAGAUGGUUGAAACUGGGUGUCCUCCAAAUGUUGUAACUUGCACUUCUUUGAUCAAGGGAUACAUGGAAUUCCAAAGGCCCAGCAGUGCAUUCAGUAUCCUGAGCAACAUGGAGUCUAAGGGAUGCUCCCCUGAUUUGAUCCUUUGUAACGUAUUAAUAGACUGUCUCUCUAAGAUGGGGAGGUAUGAUGAUGCACUCGAUGUCUUCUAUAGUUUGCCAAAGCGAAAAUUAGUACCUGAUUCUUAUACUUUUUGUUCGGUAAUGUCCAUUGUCUGUUUCUCCCAACAGUUCACUCUUCUACCCAUAUUAAUAAGUGGACUUGUUAUAGAACCAGACUUAGUACUCUGUAACUCCCUUCUUAGUUAUUUUUGUAAAGCUGGUUAUCCGUCUGGAGCUGUUGAGUUUUACUGUGACAUGAUAGCUAGAGGUUUUAUACCAGAUAGGUAUACUUAUGUUGGAUUACUGAGCGGACUAUGUGGAGCUGGAAGAAUUAAUGAGGCGGUUAAUGUGUACCGUGGAAUUGUCUCGACCCAAUUUGGUCUGGAUGCUCAUAUCCAUAGUGUUAUCAUAGAUGGGCUCAUAAAAUCUGGUGACUUCCAUAGAGCUAUAAGACUGUUUAGGAAGGCUGCUGCAGAGAAGUAUCCACUGGAUGUUGUAUCAUACACAGUUGCCAUCAAUGGACUUUUUAGGGGUAAUCGAGCUGGAGAGGCUUAUAAUUUGUUUGGCCAAAUGAAGGAGGUUGGUGUUGCUCCAAACGCACAUGCAUACAAUGUCAUGCUCUCUGGUGUAUGUAGGGAAAGAGACGUUAUUAUGGUUAAACAGAUCUUACGAGAAAUGAUUGAUAUGGGGAUUGAGUUGCACUACAAUUCUUAUAACUGUAUAAAGAAACUCCUGCUCAAGUCACACCAUUCUCUUUCAGUCUUUCAUCUACUCAAUGAAAUGUGGGAUUCAGGGUUGAUACCUGACAAGGCCAUGUAUGCACUAUUGGACGACAGAAUUGCGCGUGGUAUAAAGGUAGGUGAAACAGGAGAUCAAUUGCCCAUGGAUGUUUUAGAAAUUGGCGCAUCCAGCUCCGAUGACAUCUCUGAUGUGGCUGCGUCAGUGGGUUGAGAUAUAUUGGUGAAAGUUUAUAUCCUAGCAGAUUGGGCAGCUCCUUCUUGAAUCUCAUCAACCAAUAAGAUCCAACCAGACCAGACUACAUAAAGGUUGAUGCUAGUUUUCGGUGAGCAUCUUUGCAAGGAUAAGUGAGCUUCUUUUGACAACUGUAUUCCUUAGCAUUUUCUGCUACUAGACCCGAAUCAAUGUUACCUGGAUCGUUGGUCAAUUUGGUAAGUGAUUUGGGUACAUGUACACGGUACGUCACUUUCUUAGGUACAUGGGGGCUAGACUUAGCUAGUAUGAAUUUUUGGGUCGUAAUUCGUUUUGUAACUUUUAUCUAUAUUACUUCCACUACUAUAUGAAAUUGUAUGUAAUAGGAC